CUCAACUACUAUAAGAACUAAAUCCCUAUUUUGCAGUUGUUUUGGUUCCCCACCUACUAUUCACCUAUUACUUUGAGUACCCAACAGGUACUUAGCUAGGGCUAGGCGCUGAAAUUGAUGUAGGUGGGAACAAUGGAUGUUUUAAAUACAGUUUAUCAUUUACGGGAAGCAUUGAACAUAACAAAGAUCGGUUGGCCGUAUAGGUAUUUUCAUAUUUUGAUCAGGUCGAGGUUCACUCGAGCCUGCACCGCACCCGACCACUAGCCUUACACACGUGAUGACGUGACUCCCCCUCCAAAAUAGGCAGCAACGUCCCAAUCGGGGAAUCCAACCCAAACGCGCUUCACCGCGUGCCUUGAAGCUGAAGCUGUUCGUUUGCUCUUUCCAAUUAAUUUUUCAACUUCACCAACAACCUAAGCACUGAUCCUUAAGUCGUCUUCUCAGUUCAAUCUUUGCGUCAGAUCAACCCCAACCCAAUCUUGAACCACCUCCAAGAUGCCCAAACUCUCCGACAUGCCGAUUGAGAUCCUUUGCCAGAUCUCGCGGCAGCUCAGCACCACAGACCUCGGCAACCUGCGACUCACAAACAAGAGAUAUGAAGCGGCCAUUUUCAAGCCGUUCAUGCGUGAAUUCUUCUCGAAGAAGCAAUUCAUGCUGACCGAGCCCAGUCUGCGUGCGCUUAUUGACAUCUCCCUCCACCCCCAGUUUGCCUACGAGAUUAAGCACCUGAUCUUAGGUUUAGAUCACUACCAGAGUGGUGUGGCAGGCUUUGGGCCAUCCGAAGAUCAGAAUAUGGAGUAUGUAAUGGGUUCAUGUGCCCAACGAGCAUUCCUCAACAGCGGGACAGCCCGCGACAUGUUGGCCAUGGCAGUCAAAAAUCUGCCAUCACUCGAAGUUAUCGACAUUCGUGAUUUCAGGAGCAAUUCGCGCACUCGAGAUCGGGGUGCAUUCUCAAGCUAUGGCGCACCCACAGUUGAGAGGUCGACCGGCCUCCCGUUGCGCAUGUCUUCCGGACCUGCCGACUACGUUCAAUUGUAUCUGCCAAGCAUUGCCUUCAGUAUCGUCCUCCAAGUCAUUGGUUCCCGUGGGAUCGGUAUUGAGACGGUGAUUCGCAACAACCAUUGGGGGCUUACAGAUAGCGCCUUUUCUCUGAGUGAAUUCAACCGUGCCCCAACCGUUGCGGCCUUGCAAUGCAUGAAGAAGCUUCACCUCUGCCUCGACAUGAACAAUAACGAAUUUACCUCCCACACUGCUCAAGACCCAAAGGACGUGGAAGCAAGACGCUGGAUGGCCAAAAGCCAUCUUCAAACCCUCCUGUCAUAUACUACAAACCUCGAGUGGCUGCGUCUCAACCUUCUCACCGGAGACUUGAAUCUUCAAAGAUCCUUUCUCUGCUGGGUUGGCCUGCCUACCCAAUAUGGCUCACCAGUGUUCGCCGCGCCCCUGAAGCGCCUCGACCUCGGCUACGUGCGCAUACGAUCUGAAGAGUACAUCGCCCUGUUCCGCAAGUUCAAGGGCACGCUGGAGGCCUUUAGCAUUUGGAACUCGAGCAUCGAGAUGAACACGCAGGACGUCAGGGACAAGGUGAACCAAUGGGGUCAGCUGUUUAAGAGACUAGCUGUCGAACUGCCACACCUCAGGGAGGUUGUGGUUGGCCGGCUCCGGGCCGAGCUUAUUUAUGCUGUGGAUAUCGUUGCAAACAACGGGGAGAAGGGAGGGAACAGCGUGGAAUACAGGGGGGAUGAUGCGCGCGGGUUCUUGAAGCGCCUGGGUGAGCGGAUUGUGCCGCAGUGGCCGGCUUCGGACUCGGAGUCGGAGUUGGAUUCGGAGGACUCGGAUGGAUUUGUGGCAGGCGAUGAUGAGGAAAACAGCGACGGAGAAACCGGCAGCGAAUGAGAGUGAUUUACAAGAAAGUUGACAGUUCAAAAUCGUUGGUGGAUAAUAAAAAUGACUUCAAUACCAAUACGCAGCAUCUUGCCAUCUGGAUUCCUGGGCGACUUGAUCUGCAAGUUGAGUAGGUAGGUAGGUGAGGUAGGUAGGUAGAUAGCUGGUAGAAAAGUAACUCGGGUAACAGAAAUAGUUGAACAGGGAGGAAAGUAUGUAUAUAAAAAGAUAGGUAAGAAACGAUAUACAAGCCUAAACGUUCAAGUUAG